AUGGGUUCUCGAGGAAGGCCAUUAUUUGAUCUCAAUGAACCCCCUGCUGAGGAUAAUGAAGAGAAUGAUGGUGUCCGUUUCCAGCCACAAAAGGCACUUCCUUCUACAAACCCCCAUAGUUCUGAAGUGCUUGCAGUAGCAGCUGUUGCACCAAGAAUUGUUAAUAAUCAUGCUUUUUCACACGCAUCAUCUGUGUCAGGUUUUCAACCUUUUGUCCGGCCUAAAUAUGCUCAUGGCUCUGAAGGUGGUGCUGAGCAGAAGGCAAGAGAUGAUAAUCCCAACAGUGCAUCAAUAUCUAAGUCAAGUAAGGAUGAGGAUGUAAAACCAGUACCAUCUUUAGCUUCUGCUUCUGCAAAUGCUCCAUCUGCUGAAAGAGAAGAAGGAGAGUGGUCUGAUGAUGCCGAGGGAUCUGCUGAAGCAUAUGGAAGUGGCAGUUUGCAUGAAGGUAAAACUUCACAAGUGCAAGGAAAAUCUGGAGUGAUUGUUGGAUGUGCUUCGGCUGUUUCUCCAGAUGGUAGUUCUUGCAAUAUGAAGAUUUCAGAAAGUCUCAAGGAUGAAAAUAGCAGUCAUACGUCUCCAGGAUUUGAUCAUGAUCAGAAUAGCAACAGUAGCCGCAACUUAGACAGUAAUGCUAAAGGUCAGGCAUCCAUGGAAUGUCAGGAGGAACCUGGCUUGGUUCCAAAACAAGAGAAAGUUAAAGGCAUUGAAGCAAGCCAUGCAGUCAAGUGUGCAACUAAUCCAAUGAAGAGGAAGAUAAACCAACUAAAUGAAGCAAAGCUGGGAAAGAAACGUAAUAGACAGACAAUGUUCCUUAAUUUGGAAGAUGUUAAGCAAGCUGGCCCUAUCAAAAGUUCAACACCAAGAAGACAACCCUUUCCCACACCUGUAACAACUCGCACUUUGAAGGAGGUUCGUACCAUUCCUCCACCUACAGAACGCGUUGGGGAAAAGCAGUCACAGUCGACAAUAAAGGACCAGAAACAAGUUGAUGUUGUGUAUAGUGAAGGAGGGACUGUGGUAGAGUCCAGUGAAUGUAAGUCUGAAUCUAAUGGGGAUGCUAAUUAUGGAUUACUUCCCAGGACUAGAAAGCAAAAUGGCGACACUGAUCCUUCUGCAGAGGUCUUACCACCAAUUCCAAGACAGAGUUCAUGGAAACAGCCCACAGAUAUGAGGCAGCUGAAGAAUUCACAGGUUGCUAAUAGGAAGCCAGCUCUGGUCACUCAAAGUUCCAUCGAUUCCAAAUCGGGAAACAAGAAGCCUCUUCCUGCAAAGAAGCAAAUGGCAAUCAGUAACACGUACCAAGACACAUCGGUUGAGCGUCUUAUACGAGAGGUUACCAGCGAAAAGUUUUGGCAUCACCCAGGGGAGACUGACCUCCAAUGUGUUCCUGAAAAGUUUGAAUCUGUUGAGGAGUAUGUCAGAGUAUUUGAACCCUUGCUGUUUGAGGAAUGCCGGGCACAGCUUUACAGCACAUGGGAGGAAUUAACGGAAGGUAUUUCUAGAGAUGCUCAUAUGAUGGUCCGUGUAAGAAGCAUUGAAAGGAGAGAAAGAGGGUGGUAUGAUGUAAUAGUCCUUCCAGAAAAUGGAUGCAAGUGGACAUUUAAGGAGGGCGAUGUUGCAAUUCUUUCAACCCCCAGGCCUGGAUCAGUCAGAUCCAUAAGGAACAACUCGUCAGCUGAGGACAAUGAGGAGCCUGAAAUCAGUGGGCGUGUUGCUGGUACUGUGAGGCGACAUAUUCCUAUCGAUACUCGUGAUCCCCCAGGAGCAAUCCUUCAUUUUUAUGUUGGGGACUCCUAUGAUUCUAACAGCUUCGUUGAUGAUGAUCAUAUUCUAAGAAAACUACAGCCCAAAGGAAUUUGGUAUUUAACUGUGCUCGGUUCUCUUGCAACCACCCAGCGGGAGUAUGUUGCACUGCAUGCGUUUCGCCGUCUGAAUUUGCAGAUGCAAACUGCAAUACUUCAGCCCAGCCCAGAACACUUCCCAAAAUAUGAGCAGCAGUCCCCUGCUAUGCCUGAAUGCUUCACACAGAAUUUUGUUGAUCAUUUGCAUAGGACUUUCAAUGGACCCCAGCUAGCAGCAAUCCAAUGGGCCGCAAUGCAUACAGCAGCUGGUACAAGUGGUGGAAAGAGGCAAGAUCCAUGGCCUUUCACUCUUGUUCAAGGACCUCCUGGAACAGGUAAGACACACACAGUGUGGGGAAUGCUAAACGUUAUCCAUCUGGUGCAGUACCAGCAGUACUACACUUCUUUGCUUAAGAAAUUGGCACCCGAAAGCUAUAAGCAAAAUAGUGAGAGCAACUUUGAUAAUGUUUCUACGGGAUCAAUUGAUGAGGUUCUUCAGAACAUGGACCAGAAUCUCCUUCGUACACUACCAAAGCUCUGCCCAAAACCUAGAAUGUUAGUUUGCGCUCCUUCUAAUGCUGCAACAGAUGAGCUUCUUUCCCGUGUUCUUGACCGUGGAUUCAUUGAUGGUGAGAUGAAAGUUUAUCGGCCUGAUGUUGCUCGAGUAGGUGUUGAUUCACAGACCCGCGCUGCCCAGGCUGUGUCGGUUGAGCGGAGAACUGAACAGCUUUUGGUCAAGAAUCGUGAGGAAGUCUUAGGGUGGAUGCAUCAGUUAAGAAAUCGUGAAGCUCAGUUGUCAGUGCAGAUAAGUAAUCUUCAAAGAGAACUUACUGUUGCAGCUGCUGCUGUUCGCUCCCAAGGAUCAGUUGGUGUUGAUCCUGAUGUUCUGGUUGCUCGGGACCAGAAUCGAGAUGCAUUGCUGCAGAACCUUGCAGCUGUAGUUGAAAGCAGGGAUAAAACUCUAGUGGAGCUGUCUCGCCUAUUCAUUUUAGAAGGCAAGUUUCGUGCUGGUAGCAAUUUCAACUUGGAAGAAGCUCGUGCUAAUCUUGAGGCUAGUUUUGCCAAUGAGGCUGAGAUUGUUUUCACUACUGUUUCAAGCAGUGGUCGCAAGUUGUUCUCUCGUCUUUCUCAUGGUUUUGAUAUGGUUGUGAUUGAUGAGGCAGCCCAAGCCAGUGAAGUGGCAGUUCUUCCUCCCCUUUCUCUUGGUGCUGCACGAUGUGUUCUUGUUGGAGAUCCUCAGCAGCUUCCCGCAACAGUUAUUAGCAAGGCUGCUGGGACCCUGUUAUACAGUAGAAGUCUUUUUGAAAGAUUCCAGCAAGCAAAAUGUCCGACGAUGUUGUUAUCUGUGCAGUAUAGGAUGCAUCCUCAAAUCCGUGAUUUCCCUUCAAGAUACUUCUACCAAGGACGCCUUACUGACAGUGAAAGUGUUGCUAAUUUACCUGAUGAGACCUACUACAAGGACCCUUUACUUAGACCUUACGUAUUUUUUGACAUUACCUAUGGGCGGGAGUCCCACAGAGGGGGAUCUGUCUCCUAUCAGAACAUACAUGAAGCACGGUUUUGUGUUCGGUUGUAUGAGCAUCUCCACAAGUCAUUGAAAGCGUUUGGGGUGGGAAAAAUUUCAGUUGGCAUAAUCACACCAUAUAAACUGCAACUUAAAUGUCUUCAGCGUGAGUUUGAGGAUGUUUUGAAUUCAGAAGAAGGGAAGGAUCUAUAUAUUAACACCGUAGAUGCUUUCCAAGGCCAAGAGCGUGAUGUGAUUAUCAUGUCCUGUGUGCGUGCUUCAAGUCAUGGGGUGGGUUUUGUUGCAGACAUCCGCCGCAUGAAUGUAGCUCUCACUCGUGCAAGAAGGGCUCUUUGGGUGAUGGGGAAUGCAAAUGCCUUAAUGCAGUCUGAUGACUGGGCUUCAUUGAUUACUGAUGCCAAAGCCAGGAAAUGUUAUAUGGACAUGGAGACUCUUCCAAAAGAAUUUCUGGUACCAAAGGGACCUUACACUCCAUUACCAGGAAAGCCUUCCUCUAAUAUGAGGGGUUUCAGGUCUGCUGGACCAAGGCAUAGAUCGCUGGAUAUGCACGUGGAAUCCAGGUCUGGAACACCAUCAGAAGAUGACGAGAAGUUGGGUGCAUCAGUAAUUUCUAGGAAUGGAACUUACCGGCCUAUGAAACCUCCGUUUGAGAAUUCCUUGGAUGACUUUGAUCAGUCAGGUGAUAAAUCCAGAGAUGCCUGGCAAUAUGGUAUACAAAGGAAACAUAGUUCUGCUGGGGUUGUUGGAAGGAGAGAUAUUUAG